CUCACAUGAAACUGAUAUCGGAACACCGUGUGGCUAUGUUUGGACACGUCAGCUGAAGUCGCCGGACACAUUUCUGAGGUGCACGCAGAGUACUUCCUGGCUCCUCUGUGUUGAUGUCCCCCGAUGUAACCUGUGUUAAUCCUAACGAUUUAAACGGGGCCCAGCCGGUUUAAAGCCCACAGCUCCAACAUGGAGCCUUUAGAUUUGACUACCCAUAAGAACGGGCGGCAGAGGAAGCUGGCAGGUUCCAGCCUUCUACCUGGACACAUGCGAGAGCGGGACAUGGGAGAGGCAACUUCUUCCGAGCCAGAGGAGGAAACGGAGGGUCUCAUCAGAGGGUCGGACUCUGAGGACAGGGGCCGCUGCAGAGUUCGUCCUGGGAUCCAUGGCGAGCUGGGGAACGUGUCGCUCCUUCUGUUCCUCUACGUUAUGCAGGGGAUUCCUCUGGGACUCGCUGGCAGCAUCCCUCUGAUCUUACAGAGCAAGAACGUCAGUUACAAAGACCAAGCCUUCUUCAGCUUCGUCUUCUGGCCAUUUAGUCUGAAACUUUUUUGGGCACCACUGGUUGACGCCCUCUACUUCAGCAGGUUUGGUCGGAGAAAGUCGUGGCUGGUGCCCACACAGUACCUGCUGGGCCUUUUCAUGCUUUACCUUUCUUUGACGGUGAAUGCGCUGCUGCAGAACGAGAGAGGACCGGACAUCGUCACACUCACUGCGGUUUUCUUCAUGCUUGCCUUCUUAGCAGCCACACAGGACAUAGCGGUGGAUGGCUGGGCCCUGACCAUGCUAUCCAGAGAGAAUGUGGGCUAUGCAUCCACAUGCAACUCAGUGGGUCAGACCGCUGGCUACUUCCUGGGAAAUGUGCUCUUUCUGGCUCUGGAGUCUGCUGACUUUUGCAACAAAUACCUCAGAACCGUACCCAAAGACUCCGGUAUCGUCACCCUGCCAGACUUCCUGUUCUUUUGGGGAAUGGCGUUCUUGGUCUCCACCACCCUGGUAGCCAUCUUUAAAAGGGAAAAUGAACACGGCCAUGGAAGGCGGAGAGUUCCUGAAGAGAUACAGGGCGUCACGGAAACCUACAAGUUGCUGUUCUCUAUUGUCAAGAUGCCCACAGUCUUCACGUUUUGUGCCUUGCUUCUCACGGCAAAAAUUGGUUUCUCUGCAGCAGAUGCAGUCACCGGUCUGAAGCUGGUGGAGGCCGGAGUUCCGAAGGAGCAGCUGGCGUUGCUGGCAGUGCCCAUGGUGCCCCUGCAGAUCCUUCUGCCAGUGUUCAUCAGCAAAUACACAGCUGGGCCCCGACCCCUGGACGUUUUCUAUAAGGCAUUCCCUUUCAGGCUGCUCAUAGGGCUGGAGUAUGCUCUCCUGGUAUGGUGGACUCCCAGCGUAAAACAAGAUGGAGGAUUCCCAGUUUACUACUAUGCCAUCGUGCUGCUGAGCUACGCGCUGCAUCAGGUGGCCCUGUACAGCAUGUACGUGGCCUGCAUGGCCUUCCAUGCCAAAGUGAGUGACCCCCUCAUAGGCGGGACCUACAUGACCCUGCUCAACACGGUCACUAACCUCGGGGGGAACUGGCCGUCCACUGUGGCCCUGUGGAUGGUUGAUCCCCUGACCUCCAAGGAAUGCCAGGGGGCCUCCGGACAGAGCUGUGGCUCUCCAGCUGAAGCAGGGCUGUGCACAAAGGAAGGCGGCGUUUGUGUGACCACCAUGGACGGCUACUUCGUGGAGUCGCUGGUGUGCGUGGUGAUCGGCCUGGUCUGGUGGCUGUGGCUGGGGAAUAAAAUGCGGCGGCUGCAGGAGCAGAGCCCCGCAGCAUGGAGGUGCAGAGGGAAUCAGUAACACUCAACCACAUCACCGCAAACCGCACCACUGACGGUAGAACCGGCAUAUCCCGCUCCAAACGUGGGUAACUGUCAGACUUCCAUCAGGAUUCUGCUCUACUUUCUCCGGUCAUGCUUUAGCUGCUCAACUCGGAAAACAUUCACCCUCAUACAAGUCACUUUACAGUGCAAAGCCCAUGACGAAAUUCAUCUCUGUUCCCUGAAGGAGACAAAAAGUUCUUGCUGUUAACCUAUAAGGUGUCCUACUGAAAACUGCAACUGGUCAAAUUAGCAAGAAGUUUAUGAUGUGUAUAUAUAUAUUUUGAACGAAAAUAGAUUAUUUAUUAUUUUUCUUCUUUAAAAAAAUAAAACACAUUUAAACCCUCAAAAUAGGAUUCUAAGAAAAUCUCAUAAAGUGGUAAACUCAGCACUUAAAUCUCUGAUUUAGCUCCAUUCAACCCACAAAAAAGAAGUACUUUGUUGAGAAGGAUACAGAACAUAUGAUGCACAAAUCCAGUCUGUGCACACGGGGAUGUGGGACCUCAUGCAGUAUAUCUGCCAAGGUUUUCCUUUUUUUAUGAUAAUUUAAACAAGUUUGUCUCCACUAAGGUAAUCUGUGCCUUUGUUCAGUCUUUUCACAUCUAUAGAAGAAUCAAACAACAUAUUCCAGGCUGUAGUUUCAUAAGGCAAAAGCCCACUAUGUUCUCUGUAGAUUUUGAAACCACCUGGCAGCUUUCAUCCCAAAGUUUUGUUGUUUUUUUUCUUCUGAGUUUGAAGUAUGCAUUCCUGAUGAAGAAUUGAAUUUGCAUUUGGAUUAUGCAAAACCAGUCAUCACGUUUUAUCUAGAGCAAUCUUUUCUUUUUCGUACCUUACAUUAAGUACGUUUGUCUGCCUUCAUAGGACCGAUGGGACAUUUUGGACAGUCUUUGAAUUCAAGACAUUAUUAAGACGUUAUAAAUGAGACGGUUUCUGUUUCAUUUUAUUUAUAUCUUUCUGCCGGUCCACUUUGCAUAGCUGAACUUAAAGCUGGUCAGCAUUUUCCGCUUAUCAUUACAUGUAUUGUACAUUUAUUCCUAUACCAACACAUAGUUAAAGGACAAACAACACAGCACCCAUGUAGUCUUAGCUCCAGCUUAAUGACUGCAGUAACUUGGUAGUUCCAGGAGUAACUAUGUAAAUUUAUUCUGGACCUUUUGCGGGCUCUUUAUAAGUACAGCACAUGCAGACGGUGGAUUUGGGGUUUCACCUCUUGCUUGUGAUAAAAUAAAUGGAAUAAACUGUAUACAUUUUUUUUGGCCGGUUCUGAUUCCCGGUCCCAGACCAGCAGCCUUGGAGAUAUUUGAUGAGCAAAGGCUGUGAUUUCGUACUGUACAUACAACUAAAUGUAUUUUUUCUCAAAAUGAAACCGCUCUGGGGGGAGUGUCACAACUUCUUUGGAAAAUAUCUCAUCCUGAUCACAGGUGCCUGCUUUGUGAACCACAGGGACAAAGCUCAAACACCUCGGCUUACUGCUGCAUUACAUGUGUUUUGGGCUCUUCUGAGAAGCACACGGUUCCCCUCAGACUGUGCAUCAUGUUCAGCCCACAGCCUGUUUUUAUGUUUGUGUGUGGCAGUUUUUUAACUGCCAACUUCCUCCAAAGACUUUCUCUUUCAAGCAGCCACAGAGCGCAGGGUUAGUUGAUCGGGUAUUCUUUGACAGAAUAGCAGCAGCAUCGUGUUCUGUAUCGCUUUUAGGCUGAGGUUUGAGCCCAUUCCCUGUAGUCUGCUUAACUGGCCUUUAGGUGGUGAUAAAUGGGUCUGGGCUAAUGGGUCCCAUUAGCCCAGAUUCUCCUGUUUUGCUUCUGUUGUAUUUUCCUGUUUUAUUUUUCUUCAAAUUUUGAAUCACUGCUUUUAAUUUAAUUUGCACAUCUUUGUUUACAAUGACCCCAUUACAUCAAUUAAGGAAGAGUCCAGUGUGAUUCUAAUGGAACAUUGAGAUCUGAAA